AUGAAGCUAUCCACAAAGCCCAUUUCAAGCCCGGGCCGAACCGACAAGUUCCCUCCCCCAUUGAUGAGGUUCCUGAGGACCAAUGCAGGGAGCAGGAGCAGGAGGUCAAGGUCAAGCCCUAUGUUCGUGCGCAAGAAAAACAACGCCACCAUCGAAACCCAAGAACCCUCUUCUCCGAAGGUCACAUGCAUGGGCCAAGUCCGAGCUCGACGCUCUUCCAAACAACCCGCCACCAAAAGAGAGAGACCCCCCACCCGCUGUGGGUGCCGCUGUUGGUGGAUCCGAAAGCCCAAAACCUGCCGCUGCCAGCCCCUUUGGCCCAACUGGCCCUUCUUUCGACGAAAGCCCAACAACCUCAAACAAGAUUCAACUAACUCCCACUCCAAUUUCCACGCUUCUAACUAUGAUUCCGACCACGAAGACCAAGAUUCCGCUUCGGCGUUGGAAGAGACUGUGAAUGUGAAUGUGAAUGUAAAUAAUGCUUUUGCUUCCAACUCUUCUACACCGCCCAAAAACGCUUUGCUUUUAACUCGCUGUAGAUCCGCGCCGUACAGAUCCUCCUCUUUGGCUGGUAGGUUCUGGGGUUCCCCCACGAGAGCCGAAGAAACACACAUGCCAAACUCAGAGUCCACGUGCCACGAGACCGAAGAACACGGAUACUCCGUUUCGGAUCAAGCGCUAAAAACGGAACCAAAAUUGGAGUUUCUCGAAGAUUCGCUCAGAGAAAGAAUCGCUUCUAUCGGUAAAUCGGAAAAUGUCGAGGAAUUAUCCAAGGGAAGGGAAGUGGAAAGAGACUCUGCUGCAUCGUGCCCCGUUGUGCUCACUAGGUGCAAAUCGGAACCCGCUAAAACCGGACACAGGCUUCAUCCUGAGCUGAAUAAUUUAUGGAAAAAAAGGAGGUUAGAAUUUGAUUAG